GGAGAAGCGCUCGAUCACCAUGACAGCCCGAGGCUCCCCCAGCCGCUUCUUGAAGAGUGUCCUGCAGAAUGGGGUGGGCAGAUAUGUGUGCCAGCUCAAGAGACUCACCCUCACCUUCAGUAAGGAUGCCCAGCCUUCCCGGGGAGCCAGGGAGUUUAUUGAAGAAAAGAUAGUUGACUUUGCCAAGCAGAAUCCCAGUGUUGUUCUGUAUGUGAAUCCCAAGCCAUGCAGAGUACCCAAACUGGUGGGGGAAUACCUGAAUGGGACUGUCAGAGAAGAAGCCAUUAACAGCAGAACUGCAGAGCAAAUAACAGAGCUGGUGCAGAAGAUGGCCAGCCAGUCUGGUCUGGAGAUCAUCCGCAUCAGGAAACCUCAACACACAGACAACCCCAGCAUUCAGGGACAAUGGCACCCCUUCACCAACAAAUCCUCUACCAUAAACAUACAGUUGUUUGAUGCUGUUAGCCAACAGGCUGAAUCCCAGCCAUAAAUAUUAACCUUAUCAUAAUAUUGUCAUUUCUUAUAGCACUGGUCCAUACACAGCCUAAUCCUUGCAAGUGACACUUAUUUUGAUACCUGCUUGAGAGAAUUGGGCUGUGCAGGGCUUUCCUGGGGUGAAAACAGCCAGGAACAUGUUAAUGCACCUAGAGAAUUUCCACUCUUUUAGGACAUCUCUGUGAAAGGGGUUCUUUUGGACAGAUAACAGCAGAGUCUAGUAGUACAGGGAUAUGAGAAAUAAUAGACAGAUAAUGACUACUGUUCUCAAGAAGACCUCUGUGCCUGUCUACUUGUGUAAAGCUGGACUAGAAUGUAUGUUACAGACAUGAAACAGGUGUAUAAUAAAAUGUUCAUAAUACAGAG